CUGUCUGGGCCCUGGCAAUGCCCACGGCAGGACAGCGAGAAAAAGAGGGGAGGCCUGUUUGCUAUUUGCCCCUCCUCCGCACUCCUCUCUUCUGGCUUCUCACCCCCUUGCUGCCCGCCUGUCCCUCUGGGCUUCUGGGGCGCCACCACUACUGUCCCCAACCCGCUUCGCCAGACGGGUCUAAAGGCAGCUUUGACUCACGGCUCUGCCACCAGCCCACGGCUCGCGCAAGGCUGCAAAACCUGCCACCGCGGGAGAAGGCCCAGUGCCGCCCCGAGGUGUCCAGCCUGAGGACGCAGACAUGACCCGAGCCGCAGAGCCAGGCCAUGGGGCUGCAGGCUGGGGGCUGCGCGGCGCCUUGGUGGCCGUAGCGCUGCUGUCUGCGCUGAACGCCGCGGGCACCGUGUUCGUGCUGUGCCAGUGGCGAGGGCUGAGCGCGGCGCUGCGGGCGCUGGAGGCGCAACACGGCCGGGAGCAGCACGAGGACAGCGCCCUACGCGCCUUUCUGGCGGAACUGAGUCGUGCACCUGGCCGGGUCCCCGAACCACCCCAGGACCCCGCGAGCGCAGCGCGCAACAAGCGCAGCCAUAGCGGAGAGCCUGCGUCACACAUCCGCGCCGAGAGCCAGGACAUGAUGAUGAUGAUGACCUACUCCAUGGUGCCGAUCCGAGUGAUGGUGGACCUGUGCAACAGUACGAAGGGCAUCUGCCUUACAGGCCCACCUGGCCCACCCGGACCCCCAGGAGCUGGUGGGUUACCAGGCCACAACGGAUCAGAUGGACAGCCUGGUCUCCAGGGCCCAAAGGGCGAAAAAGGAGCAAAUGGGAAGAGAGGAAAAAUGGGGUUACCCGGAGCCACGGGAAGUCCAGGAGAAAAGGGAGAAAAGGGAGAUGCUGGAGAACUGGGCUUGCCUGGAAAUGAGGGCCCGCCAGGACAGAAGGGUGAAAAGGGAGACAAAGGAGAUGUGUCUAAUGACGUGCUGUUGACAGGUGCCAAAGGUGACCAAGGACCCCCUGGCCCACCUGGACCCCCAGGGCCUCCAGGUCCUCCUGGAAGCAGAAGAGCCAAAGGCCCUCGGCAGCAAAACAUGUUCAACAGCCAGUGUCCAGGUGAGACGUGUGUCAUCCCGAAUGAUGAUACGUUGGUGGGGAAAGCUGACGAGAAAGUAAAUGAACAUCAUUCUCCACAAACAGAAUCCAUGAUCACUUCCAUUGGAAACCCAACCCAAGUACUAAAAGUGAGAGAGACUUUUGGGGCUUGGAUAAGAGAGUCUGCUGACAAAAGCGAUGACCGUAUCUGGGUGACUGAACAUUUUUCAGGCAUCAUGGUGAAGGAGUUCAAAGACCUGCCGGCACUUCUGAAUAGCAGUUUUACCCUCAUCCACCUGCCGCACUAUUUCCACGGCUGUGGGCAUGCUGUUUACAACAACUCCCUCUACUACCACAAAGGGGGCUCCAACACCAUCGUGAGAUUUGAAUUUGGCAAAGAGACACCUCAAACUCUGAAGCUUGAAAAUGCUUUGUAUUUUGAUCGAAAAUACCUCUUUGCAAAUUCCAAGACGUACUUCAACAUAGCAGUGGACGAGAAGGGCCUCUGGAUUAUCUAUGCUUCAAGUGCGGAUGGCUCAAGCAUCCUUGUAGCACAGCUGGAUGAGAGGACAUUCUCUGUGUUGCAGCACAUCAAUACCACAUACCCUAAAUCCAAGGCUGGCAACGCCUUCAUAGCUCAAGGGAUCCUGUACGUCACGGACACCAAAGAUACGAGGGUCACGUUUGCCUUUGAUUUGUUGGGAGGGAAACAGAUCAAUGCAAACUUCGCUCUCAGAAUGUCACAGUCUGUUCUUGCCAUGUUGUCAUACAACCUGAGGGAUCAGCACCUGUAUUCGUGGGAAGAUGGCCAUCUGAUGCUCUAUCCUGUCCGGUUUUUGUCGGCAGCAUCAAGCAGCCGAUAGGCUGCUGUCUAUUCCUUUGUUAUACUCCAUGUGUUUUCUAGAGCUUGUUCGAGUCCAACAGAAAGCUCAUCCAUAAAGGAUACCCAGGUCCUUGGAGCAUAACCCCAUGCCCCAGGCACUUGUGCAAUCACAAGUCCCCUUUAAACCAGGUUGCUUAAAUAGCUACAGAUUGGAAGCAGAAAUGGAUGAGAUCUGGUGAUGCCUCCUCAAAUUCACCAAGGUAACUCUCCUCCUUGGCCCUAGUUUCCCCAUUGGUAAUAUAAGACAAUUGGUAAUAUAAGACAAGUAUGAUUGAUAACACUUCUGCUACCUGCAUGAAAUUAUGUGACUCUUGGCUGAUUAUAUAUUAGAUUGCUUUCUGUUGUUGUUGUUUUUUUUGGGGGGGGGUUUCUAUACACGUAAACAAGUUUAUCUGCAGCUUGAGGGGUGAAUUAUCAGUAAUGACUUAUGUUUAUUUGGUCCUGAGGGAAGGCACACUGGCUCUUAAGGCUUAUAAGGCAUCAUGUUUAUCAUGUUAUCCAUAAUUUGUUAUUUUUCUCUGAAUGUGCACCUGCUACCACAGAAUGGCGAUUAUUUUCAGCUCCUAAGCACAAAUCUAAGAUUAGUUAAGAAAAAAAAAAAAAAAAAAAAACAUGAAUAGCUGCAGGCUCAGGUCUCAAAAUGAAACUGCAUUGGGCCCUUCCAGAUGCCUGUCAGUUUCUGAUCCUGUCUGUUUGCUGCUGGGGGUCACAAAUCCUCAGCCGUGGCCACCUCUGCCAAGGCUAUGGGACUGUUACCAGAGUAUCACCAAGCGGGCGAUAAUCUGUCGAGAGCCAAGGAGACAUGAUGGCUUUUCAGAAGAGGGGCCCCAUUUGCAGUUCUUCUCUAGAACAAGGGAAGGCAAUGGUCUCAGAGGCCACUGCCAAUGUAUGUCCCACUCCUGCAUGUCACAUGGCAUUCCUGCACCUAAGAGUCAUACUUCUGACCAUGACAGCAGGGAGGCAGAGCAGCUCUGCAAACCCCUCAGCAUCACUACCUAGUCCUUUACAGAAAGAAAGAAAGAAAGAGAGAGAGAGAGAGAGAG